AUGAAUAAGAUCAAAGUUGUUAAUCCAAUCGUGGAAAUUGACGGUGAUGAGCAGACAAGAGUUAUUUGGAAACUUAUUAAGGAAAAGUUGAUAUUGCCAUAUUUAAAUGUGGAUUUAAAGUACUAUGACCUUUCAAUCCAAGAACGUGAUAGGACAAAUGAUCAGGUUACAAAGGAUUCAGCUUAUGCCACUUUGAAAUAUGGUGUGGCUGUGAAGUGUGCUACCAUAACACCCGAUGAAGCAAGAAUGAAAGAAUUUAACCUCAAGAAAAUGUGGAAAUCUCCGAAUGGAACAAUUAGAAACAUCCUAGAUGGAACUGUUUUCAGAGAACCUAUCAUUAUUCCAAGCAUACCUCGUCUAGUUCCACACUGGGAGAAACCAAUAAUUAUAGGUCGUCAUGCUUUCGGUGACCAAUAUAGGGCUACUGAUAUCAAGAUCAAUAGAGCAGGCAAAUUAAGGUUACAAUUUAACUCGGAAGAUGGUAAAGAAAACAUUGAUUUAAAGGUUUAUGAUUUUCCUGACAGCGGAGGCAUCGCAAUGGCAAUGUUCAACACAAACAACUCUAUUGAAGGAUUUGCAAAGGCAUCUUUCGAGUUAGCUCUGAAAAGGAAACUGCCGCUAUUUUUUACCACCAAAAACACUAUCUUAAAAAACUAUGAUAACCAAUUCAAACAAAUUUUUGAUGGCUUGUUUAAUGAGAAGUAUAGGGAAAAGUUUCAAGCUUUAGGGAUAAAAUAUGAACAUAGGUUAAUUGAUGAUAUGGUAGCACAAAUGUUGAAAUCAAAAGGUGGGUUUAUUAUUGCCAUGAAGAAUUAUGAUGGUGAUGUUCAAUCCGAUAUUGUGGCACAAGGAUUUGGAUCUCUUGGUUUAAUGACGUCCAUAUUGGUUACACCGGAUGGAAAAACGUUUGAAAGUGAGGCCGCCCACGGUACGGUGACCAGACAUUUUAGACAACACCAAAGGGGUGAAGAGACAUCGACAAAUUCAAUAGCUUCAAUAUUUGCCUGGACGAGGGCAAUCAUACAAAGAGGCAAAUUAGACAAUACAAGUGAUGUUAUAAAAUUUGGAAACACACUAGAGAAGGCAACUUUGGACACAGUGCAAAUAGAUGAGAAAAUGACCAAAGAUUUAGCAAUGAUGCUUGGAAAGACUAGCAGGGAAUCAUACGUAACUACAGAGGAAUUUAUUGAUGAAGUUUCUAGGAGGCUCAUGAACGCGGUCGUGAAUGAAAGAAAAAAAAGCUUAUGCAGGCUAUGA